AAAUUAUUGUUUUUUUAUUCAUUUUUAUUAUCAAAAAUAAAAAGAGUGUCAAUUAAUCACUGUUAAACAUUCGUAAACAAUUGUUUUUAAACAAUACUGUUAACAAAAAAAAAUUGACAAUUUAUUUGGCCAAAAAAUUAUCAAUAAUAACAGUAAAAAUAUUGAGAUACAAUUAAAAUUAUUAAAACAUUGUAUUUGUAUUUAAUCACAAUAACAAAUAUUUAUAAAAGUAAUUGUUGAAGAAUUAAAGUUGAAUAAAAAAAAUGGCGUCAACAGCAAUACCACCAGAAGAUGACGAGCUAACACUUCCACGUGCAUCAAUCAACAAAAUGAUAAAAGAAUUACUUCCAAAUACAAGAGUUGCAAAUGAAUCACGUGAAUUGAUAAUGAAUUGUUGUACUGAAUUUAUUCAUUUAUUGGCAUCAGAAGCAAAUGACAUAUGUAAUCUACGACAAAAAAAAACAAUUAAUGCUGAACAUGUUGUAUCAGCAUUAGAUAAAUUGGGCUUUGAAGAUUAUGCCAAAGAAGCUGAAGAAGUAUUACGUGAUUGUAAAGCUGUUGCUGCUAAAAGAAGACGUCAAAGUACACGUUUAGAAAAUUUAGGUAUUCCUGAAGAAGAAUUACUACGUCAACAACAAGAAUUAUUUGCAAAAGCAAGAGAAGAACAAGCUGUUGCUGAACAACAACAAUGGCAACAGUUACAACAACUUCAACAAAUGCAACAGGCAUCAAUGCAACAAGCCGACAGUGAACAGGAGGAUUACUAAAUUAUUUAUCAAAAGAAAAAUUAAUAAUAAUAUUUCUUUGUAAAUGACCUAAAAUAAAAAACACCAUACUUAUAUAUUUAACUGUAAAGAAACGAAACAAAAAAUACAUAAUUAUUAUUCUAUAAAA